GUCGCCAUGGCUACCAAACGCGAAUUCGACAACGAAGACGGCUAUCAGGCCAAGCGCGUCAAGACGGAGAACGGAAAUGGCAAGGUGGAUGCUGCCAACAACCCAUACUUGGCGCACUGGAAUGAGGAUUCCUCGUACCAGAACGACUUCUCCGGCUCCGGCGAUCUUUUGACCAAGUUUACGCGACACGCGACCACGGCGAAGCAAGCACGAACUGCUGAAGAUGGGCCCCAGAAUCCCUUCACUGGCAGGGGACUGUCUGACAAGUACAUGUCGAUUUUGAAGAAGCGGAGAGAGUUGCCCGUGAAUACGCAGCGUGAUGAGUUCCUCGACCUCUAUCAAAAGCAUCAGAUCCUCGUCUUUGUCGGUGAAACCGGUUCCGGAAAGACCACGCAAAUUCCCCAAUACGUCCUUUACGAUGAUCUGCCGCAGCAAAAUGGAAAGAUGGUCGCCUGUACCCAGCCCCGUCGUGUCGCCGCCAUGUCCGUUGCGCAACGUGUAGCUGAAGAGAUGGAUGUAGAACUUGGUGGUCAAGUGGGUUACAGCAUUCGUUUCGAAGACAAGACCAGCCAGGACACAAUCCUCAAAUACAUGACCGACGGAAUGUUGUUGCGCGAGGCCAUGAAUGAUCAUAACCUCAGUCGAUACAGCACUAUCAUUCUCGACGAAGCCCACGAGCGGACACUAGCUACAGAUAUCUUGAUGGGUCUCCUGAAAGAAGUCGUUGGCCGUCGCCCAGACUUGAAACUCAUCAUCAUGAGUGCCACUUUGGAUGCUCUCAAGUUCCAGAAGUACUUCAACGACGCGCCCCUACUCGCUGUGCCUGGCCGUACCCAUCCCGUCGAGAUCUUCUACACCCCAGCGGCGGAGCGUGACUAUGUUGAAGCUGCCUUGAGGACAGUAUUACAGAUUCACGCGACCGAGGACGAAGGAGACAUCCUUCUGUUCCUUACUGGAGAGGAGGAGAUCGAAGACGCUUGCAGAAAGAUCAAUCUUGAGGCGCAGGAUCUGAUUAGAGAGGAUGCUGCUGGACCGCUUGUUGUAUACCCGCUGUACGGAAGUUUGCCGCCUGCACAGCAACAAAAAAUCUUCAGUCCGGCCCCGCCACCAACAAAACCUGGUGGUCGCCCUGGCAGGAAGGUUAUCGUGUCGACCAACAUUGCUGAAACUUCUUUGACGAUUGACGGUAUUGUCUAUGUCGUGGACCCCGGUUUCAGUAAACAAAAGGUGUACAAUCCUCGUAUCCGAGUCGAGUCUUUGCUCGUGUCACCUAUCUCGAAGGCUUCUGCCCAACAAAGAGCAGGUCGUGCAGGUCGUACCAGACCAGGAAAAUGCUUCCGCUUGUACACUGAGAAGUCAUUUAAAGAGGAACUAAUAGAUCAGUCAUACCCUGAGGUCCUACGAUCCAACUUGUCAAGCACUGUUUUGGAGCUGAAGAAACUGGGUGUGGACGAUCUGGUGCAUUUUGAUUUGAUGGAUCCGCCUGCGCCUGAAACUCUGAUGCGCGCCUUGGAGGAGCUGAACUACCUGGCAUGUCUGGAUGAUGAGGGUGAGUUGACAGUCCUGGGAAAGCUCGCUUCAGGAUUUCCAUUGGACCCAGCCCUGGCAGUGAUGCUCAUCACCUCGCCCGAAUUCUAUUGUUCCAACGAGAUCUUGUCGCUCACAGCGCUACUGUCUGUCCCCCAAGUGUUUGUGCGCCCCGCCAACAACCGCAAGCGCGCAGAUGAGAUGAAGGAACUCUUCACACAUCCUGACGGCGAUCACCUGACGAUGCUCAACGUUUAUCACGCAUUCAAAUCCGAGCAGGCUCAAGAAAAUCCCAAGCAAUGGUGCCACGAUCACUUCCUUUCAUUCCGCGCACUUCAGCAAGCAGACAAUGUGCGUCUGCAGCUGAAGCGCAUCAUGGAGCGUGAGGAACUGGAGCUCAUGUCGACUCCAUUUGAGAACAAGAAGUACUACGAGAACAUCCGUCGGGCUCUCGUGGCCGGCUUUUUCAUGCAAGUCGCGAAGCGCGAGGGCAGCGGCAAGACCUACAUGACGGUCAAAGAUGACCAGAGCGUGCUGCUACACCCCAGUACGGUCUUGGCACAGAGCGACGAGUGGGUCGUCUACAACGAAUUCGUUCUCACCACCAAGAACUACAUCCGCACCGUUACCGCAGUGAAACCGGAAUGGCUAUUGGAUAUUGCACCAAACUACUACGAUAUCUCUGCCUUCAAGAAGGGCGACAUCAAGAGUGCUUUGCAACGGGUAUCCACCAAAGUUGCGCGCAAGGAUGCGGAGAAGGGCAGGCGGUAA